AUGAAGGAGGAGGAAGAUGUCGCUGAAAUCAAGAGAGCAAUGGCGACAGGAAACAGCUCCGGCAAGGAUAGCUCGAGUACUAUCUCUUCAGUUCCGCCUAUUGUGUGCUACUGCCUAGCUUCCAUUCUGAUGACGGUUGUGAACAAGUUUGUGGUCUCCGGAAAGCAAUUCAAUAUGAACUUCCUUCUUCUCGGCAUUCAAUCCGCCGUCUCUGUGAUGUGUGUCGCAAUCGUGAAACGUCUCGGGCUCAUUUCUUUCCGCGACUUCGACAAACGCGACGCGAAAACGUGGUUUCCUAUCAGUUUUCUGCUUGUAACCGUUAUUUAUACGGGGUCAAAGAGCUUGCAAUAUCUCAGUAUACCUGUGUACACUAUCUUCAAAAACCUUACCAUCAUUCUCAUCGCUUAUGGCGAAGUAAUCUGGUUUGGAGGGCGCGUUACGGGACUAACCCUGAUCUCUUUCAUCUUCAUGGUGCUCUCUUCAGUCAUCGCAGCAUGGGCAGACAUUAGCGAAGCCCUCACAGCGGGAGACCCGGCCGUAGUAGAAGGGCUGGGGGCACUGGCUAUGAUGAAAGGCGUUGUGACCAACAUGAAUGUUGGUUACUUCUGGAUGUUCGUAAACUGUCUGACCAGUGCAACUUACGUCCUCUCGAUGCGCAAGCGUAUCAAGGUGACUGGCUUCUCAGACUGGGACACCAUGUUCUACAAUAAUCUGCUGUCCAUCCCUGUUCUGGCCUUCUUCAGCAUCGUCGCGGAGAACUGGGGCUCGGAGAACUUGCACCGCAACUUCCCCGAGGAAACACGGAACUUCUUGCUAUUUGCUAUUGCAUUCUCGGGUGCGGCAGCUGUCGGCAUCUCAUACACUACGGCAUGGUGUAUCCGCGCGACGAGCAGCACAACUUACAGUAUGGUUGGUGCGUUGAACAAGCUCCCAGUCGCAGCAUCUGGUAUGCUGUUCUUCGGUGACGCAGUCACCGUUGGCUCCGUGUCCGCAGUAAGCGUUGGCUUCGGCGCCGGACUCGUAUAUGCGGUAGCGAAGAGCAAUCAGAAGAAGGCAGACAGCAGCGUGAUGCAAGGAGUUAUUCCCAUGACGAGGAAGUAA